AUGAACCACUAAAUAUGAUGUAGUAUUUGAAAGCAAUUUAUUUCUUCUUCUUAUAUGUAAAGACUAAAUAAAUAAAUAAACCAACAGGCUUUUUCCCAUCUACAACCUCUGUCAACACAAAAAAAAAACUUGACAUUUUACUUUUGAAAAUGAGAAAUUUAAUUUCCCCAUAUAUAUAUAGGAUGAAUAAGUUUAUCUCAAAUUCUAUAUAUUUCGCAUACAUUUCAUUCACCCAUGGAGAACAUAAAAUUUGAAAGGGUUUUCUUAGUUAUGUCAUCAUUAAAAUUGUUGAAUUUCUAAGAUAUGCCCCUUUUUCAAAAGAACAAAUAUGACUUUUUCUAAGUUGUAUUAGUUUUUAGUAAAUGGGAUGACUUUUUCUAAUAUAUUCUAAAACCAUGAGCAUGACUUAUUUUGGCAUGAUCUUUCCACUGUAUUUUUAAUACAGUGGAGAAUAUAUUGACUUAUUUUGAGAGUAGUGUAUCUAGGCGCAUAAGCCCUUUGUGUUUUGGAAACACAUUGGUAGUUCGACAUCUAUAAUGGUAAUUUGUAGGCUUUUUUUUUUCCUCUUUUUUUUUUUUUUUACUAUUGUACAUGUAUAUAGUACCACUAGAUUAUAGGUUGUAUUAGUAGUACUAUUAUAUCUCACAAUGGUAUAAUACAAUAUUUGAUACAACAUUUACAUAUUUAUUUGUACCAUUAGAAAAAAUAUUUAUACCAUUACACCAUUCAAUGGUACUAUUUACCGGUAUUUUAUACUAUUGUUAAUAUUUACAACUGCAAAAUAUAUAGCGCCUAUGCGCCAAGAGUUUUCCUUAUUUUGGCAUACAGUGGAGAAUAUAUUGACUUACUUUAAUACUGUAUUACCAGGAGUAUGACUUUUUCUAAGGCGUCUACUCCUGGAUGUUACAUCUUCGUUCAAAAAGUCUAAAUCAACAAAAUUUCAUCAUUACAAAUAUAAAAUUUCAUGUAUGCUGAUUGCUGAUCGAAUGACAGUUAAAAAUAACCUCUAACUAGUUGAUUUAAUUGUAUGGGUUGAAGUAUGUUUUAGUGGCACCAGGGAUUAUUCAUAGCAUAUACUUGUACUUGGCGAGAUCGGAUGAGAGAAAUCCAUUCUAUCUCUUUGUGUUCUUUUGUAUGCUAUGGAGGAUGCUUCACCAGAAGCUAUGGAUAAGUUUGUCUCGAUAUCGAACAGCAAAAGGCAACAACCUUAUUGUCGAUAGGAGUAUCGACUUUGAGCAAGUUGACAGGGAAAGCAAAUGGGAUGACCAGAUUCUGUUUAAUGGGAUCUUAUUCUAUAUUUCAUAUUGGGUGCUAGAGGAUGCAAAGAACAUGCCUUUAUGGAGAAUGGAUGGUCUCCUUCUAGUUUUCAUAAUUCAUAUUGGUCCUGUUGAGUUUCUCUACUAUUGGUUACAUCGCGCUCUACACCAUCACUUCCUUUACUCUCGCUACCACUCUCAUCACCAUUCUUCUAUUGUAUCUCAACCCCAUACUGCUGUGAUUCAUCCAUUUGCUGAACACAUAGCAUAUUAUUUUAUCCUUGGAUUACCAUUGAUGGUAACCACAUUCAUGGGAACUAUCUCUAUAGCUACUGUGGCGUUGUAUCUCACUUACAUCGACUUUAUGAACAGCAUGGGUCAUUGCAACUUUGAGUUCACUCCGAAAUGGGUGUUUGAUAUGAUUCCUCCACUGAAAUAUCUCAUGUACACUCCCUCGUAUCACUCUAUGCAUCACACCCGUUUCAGGACAAAUUACUCUCUUUUCAUGCCAUUCUAUGAUUACAUCUAUGGAACAAUGGAUGAAUCAACAGAUAUAGUUUAUGAAAGUUCUCUGAAGAAGUCGGAAGAUGUUCCGGAUGUGGUUCCCCUUACGCAUCUGACAACUCUGCAGUCUGUCUACCAUCUCCGGCUUGGGUUUGCCUCACUUGCCUCGAACCCUUUGAACUCCAAAUGGUACAUGUGGCUAAUCUGGCCUCUCACAUGCUGGUCCGCGCUCAUAGCUUGGGCCUAUGGUAGGACAUUCAUCAUCGAAAGAAACACAUUUAAGAAGCUUAAGGCAAAAUUAUGGAUUGUGCCAUGCUUUAAGAAAGAAUAUCUCUUACAAACGAAGGGAGAUGCUAUAAACAAGUUGAUUGAAGAAGCCAUACUAGAGGCAGAGGAGAAAGGAGUCAAAGUAGUAAGCCUAGGACUUUUAAAUCAGGAGGAAGAGUUCAAUAGAAACGGCGAAAUUUACUUGGAAAAGCACCCUAAGCUCAAAGUAAAAGUGGUAGAUGGUAGUAGCUUAGUAGUCGCGGUGGUGCUUAAUAGCAUUCCUGUGGGAACUUCCCAGGUUAUGUUUAGGGGUAGGCUGUCGAAGGUUGCUUGUUCCAUUGUUUCGGCGCUAUGUCACAAGGGCAUCCAGGUUAGUACCAUUAGAAAUAUUGAAUAUGAGAAGCUUAAAAAGUCUUUGACAACAGAAGAUGGCUCCAAUUUGGCUCUUAUAACAAAUGGCUUUAAUCAAAAGGUAUGGUUAGUCGGAGAAGAUUUAACAAAAGACGAGCAGUCUAUGGCAUCAAAGGGAACUAUAUUUGUUCCUUUCUCUCAGUUCCCUCCCAAGAAAAUAAGAAAUGAUUGCUUCUAUCUCAACACACCAUCAUUGGUGGCUCCUAAAUCAUUCGGAAACUUGCAUUCUUGUGAGAACUGGCUGCCAAGAAGUGUGAUUAGCGCGAGGCGUGUGGCAGGGAUUGUACAUGCUUUAGAAGGGUGGAAUGUGAAUGAAUGCGGUGAUGAGAUUUUCGAUGUUGAAAAAAUAUGGGAAGCUUCCCUUCAACAUGGAUUUCUUCCAUCCAAGACCUUUGCUUAGCCAUAUUAGCUCAAGAGUUUAAUGCAUUGAUGUAUAUAGUGACUAAUUAGUCCAUGAAUAUUUGCUAUGUAUUGUGCAAACUUCAAAUUAUGGAGAUGGAGUUGUAAUAACUCAUGAAAGUAUUAAAUUUAUAACCUACUUCAUAUUU